GACAGUGUACGAGGUGCUGGGGUUAUGGCCACCUCGUUGCAGGAUGCACGAAGCCGCCCCGGUGCCGUGUCUGUGCUGGCCGCCAUCUCGAAUCGGUGCACCGCGCUCGGUGCGCCAUGUGCGCGAAGGAGAAUCGCGCCACCUCCGACCCCUGUGCCCAUGUGCAAUGCGUGAACUGCCGUGGUCUCCACCACGUCGACUCCGACCAGUGCCUCAAACGCACAUCUUUCCGGAGCGCUGGCCCCGCUCCGACCUCCUCUCUCAAGCGCCCCGCGCUGCCCUCUACUGGUGACUCUGAUUGCGACUUUAAUUUUCCCCCACCGCCCCCCGUCCACUCCCCUCUGUCACCACAAGGCAUGCCCGCAUCGAAUACAGGGUCAACAUGCCGGCGUAGCAACACUUAAAUGCAGGGGAUCAGUUUUUAUCCAGCCUGCUGCGUGGUAGGGUUCGCCGCGCGUCACCCACUCAUUUUGUCGAUUCCCUCAGUUUCUUCAUUCCGCCCCGACAUCUCUUUGGCUGUCAACUCACUCCGCCCUUCAGUUCGCCGUCGUGCAAUUCACUAACCCUGGUCCAGCCGGCUCUCCUUAAUGUUCAACUGGUUAC